AUAACCAGCAAUGGCGCCGGUGAAGGUGUUUGGGCCGGCCAAGUCGAUCAACGUGGCGCGGGUGCUGCUCUGCCUGGAGGAGGUCGGCGCCGAGUACGAGCUCGUCCACAUGGAUCUCUUCCAGGCCAAGGAGCAGAAGAGCCCGGAGCACCUCGCCAGAAACCCGUUUGGGCUCGUCCCGGCCUUACAAGACGGGGAUCUGGUCCUCUUCGAGGCCCGUGCGAUCGCGAAGUACAAGACGGAGCAGGCGGACCUGCUGAGGGAGGGCGACCCGGAGGAGGCCGCCAUGGUGGACGUGUGGACGGAGGUGGAGGCGCACCAGUACCGCCAGGCCCUGAGGCUCAUCAUGCUGGAGUGCUUCCUCAACCCCACUCUGCGCGGCCUCCCCACGAACCAGGCGGUUGUCGACGAGGCCGUGGAGAAGACGAAGAAGGUUCUUGAAAUCUACGAGGCGCGCCUGUCCGAGCACAGGUACCUCGCCGGAGACUUCUUCAGCUUCGCGGAUCUCAACCAUUUCGCGAGCACUUUCUACAUCGUCGACGCGACGCCGUAUGGGUCGCUUCUCGACUCGUACCCUCGCGUGAAGGCCUGGUGGGAGGACCUCAUGUCCCGGCCCUCGUUCAAGAAGAUCAGCGCCAAUAUGACCACCAAGGUUUAGUCAUGACAGGUUUCGAAAGUCUUCCCCGGUCCGACAGAGCACGUACCUGUAAACGUUUUGCAGUCUUUUCUGUCAAGAAAUUCAAUAAAAGCAAUGUAUCCAACA